AUGAAAGCUUCACUCAAAUUCCGUGACGAACAAAGGAAACCCUUAUUAAGAGCCAAAAUCCCCCUAAGCAUUUUAGGUACACCAUUCCAAUCAGGAAUCGUAGCUGGUGAAUCCAAAGAACAAUCUCUCAAUCUCUCAACGUUCUUCCAAUCCGGUCCGUCGCUUAAACUCGCGUACCGGCCCAACGACUCUCAGAACCCGUUCUCGUUGAUCGUUAAAACCGGAACCGGUUCGUUCGGUUCGCCGGUUUCGAGUUCUAUGGUUAUGAGUUGUGAAUUCAAUUUGCUUAACCGGAGUAAAACCGGUGGGGUCCAGCCGCUUUUUAUGCUUCAUUUUAAGCCGCGGUUUGGGGAUUUCAGUUUUAAGAAAUCUCAGUCGUCGAUUCUGGAUGUGAAGAAUUACGCUUUUCAAAAUGGUGGCGUUUUGGGGAAUGAUGAUGAUAAUAUUGAGUUUGUUGAAUCUGUUGAGUCUGUUAAGUCUGUUAAGUCGCCGGUGAUGGGAGCUUUUUCCGCUGGGAAAGUUCCGUCUCCCGGCGCGAUUGCGGGUUUGUUUUCGGGUACGGAGGUUGCUGCGAGGACGACGUUGCCGAUUAGGGGACGUGCGGCGGUGAAUUUUAGGUGGGGGGUUAGGGUUCCGGCGGAGGUUAAAGGGGAGAGUGCUUUUCAGAAGGUUCCGUUUCUUGUGAUGGAUAAGAUUGGGGUUGAACAUUUGCCUGCUGAGUGUGUGGAUGUGAAGGAUGCGAAGGAUUUGAAGAAAGAAAAAAAUGUUGCUGGAGUGGGGAUUAUUCCGGGGAGUGGUGAUUUGACGGCGACGUGUUUUGCGGUGAAGAGGCAAAUGGAUGUUUUGCAGGUGGAGAAUGGGUUGCUGAGGAAUGCUGUGGAGGAUCUUCGGCGAGAAUUUGCUGGUGCGCGAAAUGGAGGAGGUUUGGAGUUUGAGAGGAAUGGAGGUAGAGGGAAAAGCUUUGAGGGGAGAAAGAAUGAGAAGAAAGUGACGUCGGAUUUUAAUGGUUAUCCGGGGAAAUCGAAUGAGGCUGAUGCGAGUGAGGAGUUGAAGAAGGCGUUGAGGGGAGCUACCACGGUUGGAGUUUGA